ACUGAAGUUCUCUAUAGGAAGCACAAAUUAAGGCGUUUGAAUGAUCAAUUUUUGUAUUGCUCCGCAGUGAAACCCUGCCAAUUCUGUCCACGAUCCCGGCAAGCUUCUCUUUAGCUCGGUCUUCCUCUUUUUGUUGCCGGUCGAGACAGACAGCAAAAAAUGGAGCUGCACACUCUACCGCCAGACCAUGAAAAGGGCGAGACCAAAUUUCUUCGGUUUCGCAGUUGGUCGACACCACUGACGGGCGUGCACCCCGCUGUGCAGCCCUUUGCCGGUCGUAUUGGUGGUAAUCAGGCGUUGGUGCUGGACCGCAAUGACCCCAAGAAUACCGAGUAUCUCAAGGCCGUGCCGGACGCGGCACCGUUCAUGAGAGUAUCGGAAGCUUUGGAUUUGAGAGGUUUUCUUGACUGGAAUUUGUGGAAGUUCGCUAUCGUAGAGGGUGUAGCCUCGUUUUUGUUAAUCUUCAUCACCGGCUGGAUUGCCAUCCGACCCAGGCCAGCCUCGUCAACAUCGUCAUCAACAGAGCCAACUGCAGCCGGCGUCUUUGGAACCUCGACCUUUCUUGGACCUCUCAUCGGCGGAAUCACAAACUGGCUUUUCCUCACCUUAUUCAUCUACAGCUUCGCGCCCAUCAGUGGUGGUCACAUCAAUCCCACUAUUACUCUAGCAACAUUCUUCGCCCGUCUCAUCUCUCUUCCGCGUAUGACCUUGUAUCUGAUGGGACAAACAGGCGGCGGUGCUCUGGCAGGCUUAGUGCUCCAUAACCUCUUUGGAUCGUCUAACUUUGUAGUGGGCGGCUGUUUUAUAGAAACAAACUUGGUUGAGGUCCGACAGGCGCUGUUGUUGGAGUUUAUGUGCACCCUUACUUUGGUUUUCAUUGCCUUUGGUGUUGCGCUGAAUCCGCGACAGGAGCGUAUUUUUGGACCAGCGUUGGCACCAUGGCUUGUAGGCUUGACGCUUGGGUUGUUGAGCUGGAGUUCUUCGUAUGAGAAACCGGGAUACGCUGGUGCUAGCAUGAACCCGGCUCGUUGUUUUGGUGUGUACGUUGGUAGUGGGUUUCCUGGAUAUCACUGGAUACACUGGGUCGGAGUUUUCUGCGCAACCCUUGGGCAUGGCCUGUUCUACCAACUGCUACCUCCAUGGACCACAGAUAAGAAGUAGACCAUUAGUAUUUUCACAAUAUCUAUGAAGGCGGAUGGCCCUACAUGUGCUAUUGGCGUUCUGUCGAUUGGUAUUUUAAAAAAUUUUGAAGUUCUGUAUUUACCAUAUAAUCACAUAAUCGAGUGUACGAUAGAACUCAGCUAUAAGAAGGGACUUUCAUAUUUGUCUCUUAGCUCUUCAAG